AUGUCCCAGGAGCUAAAAGAUGGAUCGCGCAAAAUCAACCAGUAUCAUAUUCUGAAGGAAAUUGGGUUCGGUGCUUUUGCCAUCGUUCAUAUUGGAGAGGUCCAAGAAGAUGGAGAUCAUAAAUUUGUUGCUAUCAAGGAAUUCGACAAGCGACGCCUGCGACGCAAGCGCCUGAUGAAUGCACACAAGCCCAUCCGCCAUGCACUCCGCGAAAGCAGCGAAGAUCCUCUUUAUUUGGUACGCUCUGAAGUCGCGAUCAUGAAGAAGCUACACCAUCCUCACGUGUUACGUCUGUUUGAGGCCCUGGACGAUGCCGAGCAAGGCCACCUUUUCCUUGUCUUUGAAUACUGUCCUGGAGGUCCUAUUUUCAACGUCGUACCCGGCGAGCAGGUUGAGCCUCUGCCAGAAGAAAAGGCACGGCACUAUUUCCGCCAAGUCCUGAGUGGCAUUGACUAUCUUCAUCAGAAUGGCGUUGUGCAUCGUGAUAUCAAGCCCGAAAACAUCUUGCUUACAGACGACAACGAUACGUGCAAAAUUGUGGAUUUUGGUGUCUCGGAAAUGUUCUACAAGCCAGGCAACGAUACCGUGAAGGGUGCAGCUGGAUCCCCGGCGUUCAUGAGCCCGGAACUUUGUGAACUGGAAGCAGGUGAAACCCAUGCGUGUCCCGAUGAUGUAUGGGCGUUCGGCGUGACCCUGUAUUGCAUGGUCAUGGGCCGCUUGCCAUUUUACAAAGAAGGCCUCCUGGAUUUGUAUCACGAGAUCAUCCACAGCGAUGUCACAUUUGACGGGCAUGUCAGCCCAGCAUGUCAGGACUUACUGUCUCGUAUGCUGGACAAAUCCGUGUCUUCUCGCAUCACCAUCCCCGAGAUCUAUACGCAUCCCUGGGUCACAGAUCAUGGCAACAAGCCUAUGCCUACCCUCUCCGAAAUCGAUAAGGCUUUUGCUGUGAACGAUAUUACUGAAGAAGAUCUACAAUGCGCUGUGUGUCGUAUAUCUAGUAUGUUCCACGUGGCUCGCGCUGUAUCCAAAUUCAAGCGCGCUGGAUCUCGCCACAAUAGUUUGGCGAGCUGCAGUGAUAGCAGCGACAAUUCGAAUCCUGUAUCACCGGGACGCACGCAGAGCCCGCGCGCCAUAGGCAGUGCCCAAAAUCCCUCGAUUUCUCAGGUGCUCGCCAUUUACUCCCUACCAGCGCAGACCCACAAUGGUGCCAACAACACUCGUGCGCCACUUGUCUCCUCUCCACAGACAACCUUGGAUAUCCCCGCAGACGAACUGGACAAGGAGUCGAACUCGACCACGGUCGAUAAUGCGGGUGGCACAAUGCUUAGCGCAUCUCCCACGAUGACGACAGGCUUCGUCUACUCAGGGUCCCCUUAA